GCCUCUGUCUGGGGGACGCGGGGCGGCCUCGGCGGCGUCGCGCGCUGUGUGUGUGUGUGUGUUCGUGUGUUCGUGUGGUGUGUGUUUGCGUGGUGUGUGUGUGAGGGGUCCCGCGCGCGCGCACGGUCGAGCGACAGGCGAGGGAGGGAGCGAGCGAGCGAGCGGCGGCCGGGCGAGAGCGUGUGGGAACGAAGAGUACGGGCGUGUGGGGGGAAGGGGGAGGCCGGCCGACACCCUCGAGGCCGUGAGAAAGUGGGCGAGUGGGCGAGGACGCGCGGCCUGGCUGCGGGAGCCGGCGGCGAGGAGAAAGGAGGCGGCUCCCGGCAUCCCGCCCCCUCCCCCUCCUCAGCGGACUUCCCGCGGCCCGUGUUUGCUCCCAGGCGGCGGCAGGCCGAGCAGGAGGCAAGGGAGGAGCCGGCGGCCAGUUAAGUUUACUUUCAAAUAAUCCAGGAAAGGAAGAGCAUCAGAUCCAAGAUGUGUAGCUCCAUGGCUGCCAAACUGUGGUUUUUGACUGAUCGACGAAUCAGAGAUGACUAUCCACAAAAGGAGAUCUUACGAGCUCUGAAGGCCAAAUGUUGUGAGGAGGAGCUGGACUUCAGGGCUGUGGUGAUGGACGAGGUGGUGCUGACAGUUGAACAAGGCAAUCUGGGUCUACGGAUCAAUGGAGAACUAAUCUCUGCCUACCCACAGGUGGUGGUAGUGAGAGUUCCAACCCCAUGGGUGCAGAGUGAUAGUGAUAUCACUGUUUUGCGCCACCUAGAGAAGAUGGGGUGCCGAUUGAUGAACCGACCUCAAGCUAUCCUGAAUUGUGUUAAUAAAUUCUGGACAUUUCAGGAGUUAGCUGGCCAUGGUGUACCUCUGCCAGAUACUUUUUCUUACGGUGGUCAUGAAAAUUUUGCUAAAAUGAUUGAUGAAGCAGAAGUUUUGGAGUUCCCAAUGGUAGUAAAGAAUACACGGGGUCAUAGAGGCAAAGCUGUUUUCUUGGCACGAGAUAAACACCAUUUAGCUGAUCUAAGCCAUCUUAUUCGGCAUGAAGCUCCUUAUCUGUUCCAGAAAUACAUUAAAGAGUCUCAUGGAAGGGAUGUACGAGUCAUUGUUGUGGGAGGACGUGUUGUUGGCACCAUGUUACGUUGUUCGACAGACGGAAGAAUGCAAAGCAAUUGUUCACUAGGUGGUGUGGGGAUGAUGUGCUCACUAAGUGAACAAGGGAAGCAGCUAGCUAUCCAGGUGUCUAAUAUCCUGGGAAUGGAUGUCUGUGGUAUUGACCUGCUGAUGAAAGACGACGGCUCCUUUUGUGUCUGCGAGGCCAAUGCAAAUGUAGGUUUCAUCGCCUUUGAUAAGGCUUGUAAUCUAGAUGUAGCUGGUAUCAUAGCAGACUAUGCUGCCUCCCUUCUGCCCGCUGGCCGGCUCACCCGGCGCAUGUCCCUGCUCUCUGUGGUGUCCACGGCCAGUGAGACUAGUGAGCCGGAGCUCGGUCCCCCUGCCAGCGCUGCUGUCGACAACAUGAGCGCAAGUUCCAGCUCUGUCGAUAGCGACCCUGAAAGCACCACCGAGCGAGAGAUGCUCACCAAGCUCCCAGGGGGGCUGUUCAACAUGAACCAGCUGUUAGCCAAUGAAAUCAAACUCCUGGUGGAGUGAGUCCACCGGUAAAUAAUUAACCAACAAAACCCCUGUAAAACUGUCUCCCCUCACCCCAUCCCCGUUCCUCUUUUAACCAACUUGCAAUGCUGUUCAUGGAGAAUGCUCAGGAGGUUGAGAGAAAAGUAUAGUAAGAUUGGUUAGAAGGGAAAAUAGAUGAGACCUCUGAUAGUAAUACUUACCUGACUCAUUUACAGAUUCUCAGAGAGGAAGAAUAGGUGAUAUGAGGUGAUAUGCAGAGAAAUGGCAGGCUCUCUUAGUAACCUUUUCAGUUACUAAAACCCUACUCUUAGGCCAUGAGGAACAUGAAAGUUUCUUUCUCCAUGGUCUCUAGCUUUUGUUUUUAUGUAGAAUGGUCUUGAUUCAAGUACUUGGUAGCAUGACUUCAGGAAGGUUCAAGAGGAGCAUCUGCUUAAAAUACAGAAAUGUUUUAGUAACAAUCUGAAAAUUCUGCCGUUUCUCUCACCUAGCAUUUAAAUGCACAUAGUUGUUUAUGAACUCUUAAGGGGCUCUGACCGGGAUUUCUUAUCUUCAUGUUUGUCCUUGUUUUUUCCCCCCCUUAAUUUGGGUGGGAGGGUAAUGUGACUAUAAUCCAAUAAAGAUUUUUAAUAACAAAAUUGGCAUGUUUGCAUGAUGAAAGGGAAAUGAACAGUAUUGCAAUGUCUGGUAUACAAAGUAACAUUUACUCAAUGUAGAUAAAAUUACACUAGUUAAAGUUUGUGCAUUGACUUGUAUUUGUUAGUGUUUUAGUCUUUUUGAAAGAUAUAUGCUGUUAAUGUUGCAUUUUUAAUACAUGCUGGUAACACCCUUGCUCUAUGACUUCAUCUUUAACAAUGGCCAAAGUAAACACAAUGCUACUUUUUUUUGGGUAACAAGACACUGACUCAACAUACACAUUUAAAAGUCUCCGGGCCCACCUUUUCUCUUGAUGAGUUGAACAUUUCAAGGAUAAGUACAGGGACAUCAUUUUGGGGAGGCAAGUAAAAUUCAUAAAGCUGAAAUGAUUUCUUAAUGCUGUUUUUUUUGUAUUUGCAUUUUUCACGGUUUAGGAGGAUGUAUAUGUUGCAUGCAAAUAUACAGUAUUUUUUUUGUUUACACCAUACAGAAAGAAUAGAUUAUAGAGAAUGGCAUGAUGGGAAACAGUUUUUUCCUUAAAACAAGAAAACAAUUGAAUUGCUUUAGACACAGAUAGUGCAGAGAUACUCCCCUAAAGACACUAGGAAAGUAGAUGCUUCUUAGGUGUGUGUGUGUGUGUGUGUGUGUGUGUGUGUGUGUGUGUGUGUGUGUUGUUUGUUUAUUUGUUUGAUGUAUGACUCAUUCAUGGCUAUGUGUUCUUAUUUAAUGUUGUGGUUAUGCAUUUUCUCUUUAUACACUUAAGAUUUGGAGGGAGGUGUACUGGAUGUUUUAAUUGGGAUUUACUUAACAUAUUGAGUCUCAUAGCCCUAUUCUUAAGCCUUCAGUACUGACCACUGUGUAUUCCUUUUCUGAAUUGAUGAAAACCCGCAGUCUGCAUAUAAUAUGAGCCUUUAACACAAGGAUAAAGCUAUUCCAGUGUUUGAGUCUGGGAGAUGUGUUAAGACAUGGGAGAUGCUACAGGGCUCAACAUACUUUUUAAACAGUAGCUCCAUCUCCCUGCAAAUUCUCUGCAGCUUCCCCAAGUUUUUCUUUGCCUCUCCAGUGCUGCUUUCCUUCAGAUGGACGUUAACAUAAUUUCUUGGACACUAGAGACUUGAAGGUGAUAACAAAACAUGAGUGUUAUCCAGCUCUAACAGAGGUUCAAUCAUGAUUAACUGUACAGUUUUCCCCAUUUUAAAAAGAAUGUAAUAAAACUUGGUUCCCCCCCAUAGAAUUUAAUAUUAAAAUGGAGUGGAAGGUUGAUUGUUGACAAAUAGAAUAGUACCUGUAAUCUGUGAACUCUCUCAUUUCAUCUCACAAAAGAUACAUAAGGAGUUCUAAUUUUUCUUUAGGAUACUCUAAUUCCAUCUGCACAAUUUGAUUGGUACAGGGUCAUUGGGAAUCAUAAGUAUCUCUGAUUGACUAACAAUAAAGGUACUUGGUACUUUGCUGAAUGAUCAUAUUUUGAAGGGUACAUACUAUUUGGUAUAGAGAAAUAAAUGAAAAAUUGUGUAAUCAGAUCCUAAAAUAGAUUAUCUGGUUGCCAUAUACUUGAAGAUACACAUAAAAGUCCAUACAUUUAAAAACAAAUAGAACAUCUUCAUUUGAAAAAUUCCUUUGUUAUGGUGGGGUAAAGAAACAGGAAAAUGAGUUAUCCAUUCUAAACCAAGCACCAUUAUAAGAAGUUUUCACUGUCAGUUCCACUCCCUGUGGAACUGAUGCCACUCUGUGCAUCACCCACAGUUGAAAUGCAGCUCUUCACCAACCACCUUCUGGGCAUUACAUUCACACUAGAGUGAAUAACAGGGUUGGUCAACUUGAAUUCUCCCAAUUAAGGUGAAGAAUAAGAACAAAUCAUUCUGGAAGAACUCAAACCAAGUGAUAGUUGGUUUAUUCUCAUAAUUGUUUUCAUAACUUUUGUAUAAUCUUCAUCAAUGAGAUAAAAUGUAUUUAUCAAAUCUAUGUAAUAAUGCCAAAACUCUGAAUUACUGUAAACUUUUUAUAUGCUGUUAAAAUUGUAAUUGUUAAUUGUAUUUUUAAUGAUUCUGAUGUUUUUAUGUUAUCUGUGAUGAAAAUUGGACUCCAUAUAUAUAGGUGUGAACUAUGCCACUUAAAAUUUCUAGUAAGUAUUUUUUCUUUUAAUACUUAUAAUUGGUCAUUUCUGCUAGCUUUUCACCAAUGAACUUUGAAAUCUUUCUUUAUGUUAUCAAUAAGAAAUUGCCCUGGAACGUUAGAAAACAAUCCAACAAGAGACUUUGUUUUCAUCAAGCACUUUAUCAGACUUUACGAAAAGUACCGAAGGCAUUGGAAAAGGCCACUGACUCUCAGUCAUCUUUUUCUCAAGAAGAAAACAAUGGAAAAGCAAAUCUCUUCUCAGUGAACCCCCAGCUUGGGGUUGGGGGUACUAGAGACAUUGUGAAAUCAAAUCUUGUGUUAUGUUUUCUCCUGGUUCGCUGUUUUGAGAAGGUUUAUGGGCUAUGUGGCUGGUGAGACACGAUCCCCUCCUAAGAAAAUGUAGGUGCUCAGACAGGUAACCUCUGCUGCUGUUUGUUUGUCUGUUUGUUCAGUUUUAUUUAAAUUUACUUUUAUUGUGCUAUCAUUUUUUUAAAAAUGUAAUAUAUCAUAGGAUUUAUAACCAGGUUCACUGAUUUCUUUUGUUCAAAAAAAAAAAAAGAAGGAAAAGAAAAAGUUUCACUUAAAAUACAAUUAGGUACCUUGGAUUUGGAAUGUUUUAGUGAUGAACAGAAGUCUGCUGUUGGAAUCAUCUACUCUUCUAGAUUAGAUUUGAAAUGUCUUCGUUUUGUUUUAGCGUUUGUGUGGUAUUUUAUUUACUUUACCCCAGUGCACUUUGCCAUGCCUCCUCAGGUGGCUGCCUAACUCUAGUGAAAAUUUCUUCUAUGCUAACUAAAGUUUGGUUUUUUAAAAAUUCCUUAAAUGUUUUACAUGUUUAAAAUUGUUUUUGAAGAAAUAUUCUAAUUGCUUGCACUGUUACUGUUCUUUGCCAGCCUUUUCAGGAGCCAAAAUAUACAAAUACAAACAAACAAAAAAUACUCAGAGAAAACACUUCCCUUCUUCCCCCCUCCUGAUGAUGAGUGAGGAGUUUGAGAGCUUUGGGGUCAGUGCCCUUCUAAACUUCCCCUCCCCCAGUAAUGCAGCUGUGCAGUGGGUGCCAAGGGCAGCGGCUUGGACCAGGCACAGCCCAGCCUGCUGGCAGCAGAGUGAUAACGGGUAGGUGGCAGCAGAGAGAGGAACCCUUGAGAGUGGCUGUUGACAUUAACCCUGCACAGCAGGAGAAAUUGCAUGUGACAUAUGAAGUGGAGCGAGGAAGGCAGAGAUGAAAGCUGCAUGUAACAUGGCUUCCUCUUUACGUGGAAUGGUUCUCUUGAAAUAACCAGUGAUAUUCUGGAUCAAGACAGAUUUGAGUUUACUUUUUAAAGUGGAAGAAUAAUGCAGAGUAAGAAAUCAGUAGUUCUACCUUGUUGGAUUCAGUGUGAUUUCUUUUUCUAAAAUAAAAGCACUGAGUGGAAUUGAAA